AUGAGCUCUUACUUUGUAAACUCGUUCUCAGGGCGCUAUCCAAAUGGCUCCGACUAUCAGUUACUAAAUUAUGGGACUAACGGCGCUGUGAACGGCUCCUUCAGAGACCCUGGCACCAUGCACUCCGGGUCUUUCGGCUACAACUACAAUGGCAUGGACCUAACCGUGAACCGCACCAACAACGGCGGCCACUUCGGUGCGGUGAGAGAGGAUGCCCGGGGAUUCGAGCCGGACGCCCGCUACAGACAGACUCCCAACUGCUCGCUCUCGUCUCCAGAUCCGGUGCCGCCGUCGUGCGCCACGGCCAGCCGGGAGCAGCUGGAACUAAAAAGCCCCUCUCCUCCAUCUGACCGGAGCUCGACCUCCAGCGGUAACAACCUCAACAAAAACAACAACGCUCAUUUCACGGAGAUAGAGGACGCCACGGUCGCUUCUGAGACCGAGGAGGGCGCGCACAGCAGCGGGGGCUCCAGCUCGGCUCCUCGGGCGCAGCAGCACCAGGACCCCAACGCCACCUCUUCCACUCCCACGUCAAAUGAUUGCCAAUCCCCACAAAUAUUCCCCUGGAUGAGGAAACUGCACAUAAACCAUGAUAUGACUGGACCGGAUGGGAAAAGGGCCCGAACCGCGUACACCCGGUACCAGACGCUAGAGCUGGAGAAAGAGUUUCACUUCAAUAGGUACCUAACCAGGCGGCGGAGGAUAGAGAUAGCCCACGCCCUGUGUCUUUCCGAAAGACAGAUCAAAAUAUGGUUUCAGAACCGCAGGAUGAAGUGGAAGAAGGACAAUAAACUGAAAAGCAUGAGUCUGGUGACAGGAGGCAGCGCCUUCCACAACUGAAUAACUUUUUUGGGGGGAAGGUGUUUCAACUUGAGCUCUUUAUUGUGACUUCUUGACGGUCUAACAGGAG